AUGAGUGAAACUUUGAAGACUAAAAUAGUUCUUAUUGGAAAUUCUGGUGUUGGUAAAACAUCAAUUGUCCAAAGUUACAAAAAUGGAUCUAUUCCUCAAAAUCAUCUGCCAACAAUCGGUGCUGAUCAAAUGCAAAUCCAAAUGGAGAUCCUCAACCGUACUGUCCAUGUCCAUGUUUGGGAUACCGCUGGCCAUGAAAAGUACAGAACCAUUGGAAGUUUAUACUAUCGUGAUGCCGAAGGCUGCUUUUGCGUUUUUGAUUAUUCUGAUGAAGAAUCAUUCAAGGAAUUACCUAAAUGGAUCGAAGAUUUUGAAAAUGUUGUUGGGCAAAAUAAAGUCAUUGCAAUUGUAGGAAAUAAAAGCGAUUUACCCAAAAAAGUCAAUGAUAAUGAAGCCUUAGCUUUUGCCGACUCACGCGGAUUUAAAUUCUACCAAACAUCUGCAAUUACUAAUUUUGGAAUUGCUGAUUUAUUUGAAGGAGUAGUUUACGAAAUUAUGUCACAUAAAAUUUCUCAAAAUACAGCAAAAGAUGAAGUCGUCCAAGUUAAAGAACCAGAAGUUAAACCAGACGAACCAGAAAAUGAAAAACCUCAAUCUUGCUGUUAA